AUGCAUGUGUGUCCUGUUAAUAGUGAGUCUCUUUCAGGUGAUAAUGCUGACUAUUUCCAAAGCAAUAGGGCUGACAUCCCAGCUGAUAAUAAUAUUUUGUCUGUUGUCCGCCAGUUGAAGAAACCAACUGCAGAAAUUAAAAGAUUUGGGGGAGAUCCAAUGGAAUACCGAACAUUUAUUCGUCAGUUUAACAUUAAAGUGGUAAUGAACUCUGAUUGUGAUGAUGAACGAAUGAGUUUCUUGAAGCAAUUUACUGUUGGUGAAGCUAAUCGUAUUGUCUCUGGAUUUAGCCAUCUUCCAGCGGAACAGGGAUACCCUGCAGCUCUCAAGGAGUUGGAAACGCGAUAUGGAGAUGUACAGCUCAUGGCUAGUGCAUUUAUCAAACGAGCAUUGGGUUGGCUGACGGUACGUGCGGACAACGCCAAGGCCCUUGAUGACUUUUCCAUUCUGUUAGUAGAGUGUGAAAAUCCUGUGAAGAGUAUCCAGACAGUUAAAGUACUCGAGUAUCUAGACAAUAUAAAACGACUAGUGAGUAAGUUGCCAUUUUAUCUACAUGAUAAAUGGAGGAACAUAGUUCAACACACUGCCACACAAGGAGACAUUGUAGAGUUUCAUCAGUUGGUGGAGUUUGUAAGAGAUGAAACACGAAAGGCAAAUGAUCCAAUUUAUGGGAAGGAUGGUUUGAUCUUGGAGCACAAAGCACAAGAUGGAAAACGACAACCUUCUAAGCAACCUGGAACAAAUCGUACAAGGGCUAGCUUUCUAAAUGAUAUGUCAGAAAUUGUUCAGAUUGAAAAUUCAUCCGCAAUUUGUCCAGCUCAGAAAGAACGAGGUGUUAGGAAUGCACUGCAGAAACCAAAACAGCAGUUUUCUAGAAAACACUGUACAUAUUGUGAUCGUACCACCCACACGACAGAUAACUGUAAGGACGUAUUGGCUACGCCCAUUUUGGACAGAAAUGAAUUUGUGAAGUCCAAAAGGCUUUGCUUUGGUUGUCUAAAGCCUGGAAAUUAUAAAAACAAAUGCUACAACAAAUUAGUGUGUGCGACCUGUAAGUCUCAUCAUCCUGCAAUGCUGCAUGAUGAUAGCAGAGUCAGCAAGUUGAAAGGUGUGUUAAAAACAGAAAACGAGAAUAGCGACAGUAAAAUUUCUGUCCAGGGUGUAUGUGGUCAUACGAGGGCCGGAAAGAGUGAAUGUACCAUGGCCAUUAUUCCAGUUAGAGUGAAGCUGAAAAAUGGUUUACGCGAUGUCAAAACAUACGCUUUCUUUGAUCCGGGUAGUAGCGUCAGCUUUUGUUGUGAAAGUCUAGUUCGAGAGCUUGGUGGAAUGGGUCAUCGCAUGUCUAUCACACUGGAUGCAAUGGGAAAUCCAUUUUCGAUGGAAACAUAUGCUGUUGAUGGCCUGCAAGUCUGCGACCUGGAAUUGGAAAACGAAAUUGACCUGCCAAGGGUAUAUACUGAAAACAAAAUUCCCGUUUCUAAGAAACUCGCUCCUACGAAUAAGGACAUAUCUUGCUGGAAACAUUUAGAUGAUAUAAAUCUUCCAGACAUUACAGCCGAGGUCGGCCUGUUAAUUGGAAACAAUGUAUCUGAUGCCUAUACCCCAUUUGAAGUCAAGACCGGACCAGAGGGUAGCCCUCAUGCUGUCAAUACAAGACUUGGAUGGAUUGUGUGGAAUAUGAUAAGAGAAGGAGAUAAACAAGUUGAACAGGUCGAUUCUGUCUUCACAGUAAACCGUGCCGAGAUUGUAGCAGUGCAAGAGAUGGAACAGCUUAAGCAGUUAGAUAAACUGGUGAGAAAUUCAAUCGAUCGAGACUUUCCAGAAAGGCGUAUUGAUGAUAAAAAGGAACACUCCCAGGAAGAUAAGAAGUUUUCGGACAUUUUGUGA